AGAAAAUAAAGCUCACUAGCUAGCCAUGCUGAUCAUCAAACUGUCCUACCAAGCAAUAGGCAAUAGCGUACGAACUCAGCGCUCAGUCGUCAACAAUGCCAGGCCCCGGACCGCACUUGAUGUACACCAUGGCUUCGGGUCUGGCCCUUACCACGUUGACCAGCGGCCGGUUCAGCCCUCACCACACCCUCUUUUACACCAUCAACGCCUUUUUUGGUCCAGACAUCGGCUCCUUCUCCGAGUGGCUAGGCUCCAUCCUGGGUUCUUCCUUGCAGCUUUUAGGCUCUUCACUAGCUGACUAUAUCCACGACCCCUUUUACUAUAUCUUGAUUUUGGGUCUUCCUUUGUGUGUUUUGUACACCUGGGUCUCUAAAAUUUUGCUUCAAAGGAAGCUUCUUGAUUCAGUUUCUGGGUUGCCCCUUUCAAGGAGGCAAUGCUUCUUGUUGGUGUCCGCAGGAAGUUUAUCACACUUUUUCCUAGAUCACUUGUUUGAGGAAAAUGGACAUUCAUCAGUGUAUACUUGGAUAUUGAGCACUGGUUGGUGGAAGAAUCGAGCACCUGUCAAUCCGGACGCUGUUUUUGUAGUUGGAUUCUUGUGCACGUGCUUAAUUGGUGGCUUUAUUUAUCUUAACAGAGUGAAGCCUUCAAAGUCAACUAGAAUACAAUCGUAUCAGUCAUUGAAACUUGUCUUGAUCAUUGCGAGCCUCUAUUGUGUAUGGUGCGGAAGCCAGAUAUACAUGGUGAAUCCUCGUCGGCCAGCAGUCGGUGAAGAGGCUGAUCUCGGAGUUCUUGUAUUUUUAGCCACCUAUUUUUUCCUCCCUCAUUGGUUUUGUAUUAUGUCCAUGAACCCGAAAGACCAUGGCUCGGAUCAGCUUCCAGUUUGAUAGAAUUGCCACUACUGAGAUGGUAGAAAAUCCAGUUCAUAUACUUAUAUUUAGUUGCAAUGAUCGAUGCUGAGCAUGAAGGAUUGUAGUUUAACCACCUGGCAUGUGAAUCAUGGAGUCUGGUUACCUUGACCGUUGUUCUGUUCUCUUGAUAGUUAGGAUUAUUAUUCCAAAAGAUUUAAUGCUCAAAUAUUCACACCGUCAUUUACUGUAUGGUCACAUCUAUAAAAUUUGAUUUUUGUUGUUA